AUGCCCUACGUGCACGAAUCAGCGAAGGUGGGACAAGCCUAUCGUUAUGCUUUCAAGUCUAGUAGUUUAGAUCGUUAUGCUUUCAAGUCUAGUAGUUUAGAUCGUUAUGCUUUCAAGUCCAGCAGUUUAGAUCGUUGUGCUUUCAAGUCUAGUAGUUUAGAUCGUUAUGCUUUCAAGUCUAGUAGUUUAGAUCGUUGUGCUUUCAAGGCUAGCAGUUUAGAUCGUUGUGCUUUCAAGUCUAGUAAUUUAGAUCGUUAUGCUUUCAAGUCUAGUAGUUUAGAUCGUUAUGCUUUCAAGUCUAGUAGUUUAGAUCGUUAUGCUUUCAAGUCUAGUAGUUUAAAUCGUUAUGCUUUCAAGUCUAGUAGUUUAGAUCGUUAUGCUUUCAAGUCUAGUAGUUUAGAUCGUUAUGCUUUCAAGUCCAGUAGUUUAGAUCGUUAUGCUUUCAAGUCUAGUAGUUUAGAUCGUUAUGCUUUCAAGUCCAGUAGUUUAGAUCGUUAUGCUUUCAAGUCUAGUAGUUUAUUUAGAUCGUUGUGCUUUCAAGUCUAG